CAUCCUUCUUCGAUAUCUAUCUCACUAUCCUAGCUAGCUACCCUUCUUGAUCAUCUUAAUUUGAUGUUCAAAUUUCAAUAUCAUGGCUUCAGAGAAGGCCUCUUCUAAGGAACUUGACACCAAUAGCAACCAAGGAAUCAUUUCAGAAGAAAUUCCUACCACAAAUGGCACAACCAAAUCCAAUAUGGGGAAAGAAUUAGCAAGGAGAGCUCUCUUGAGGUCUCAUCUACGCAAAAAUGGGAGAAGAAAAACUGCAAAUAACAGUGCCAAAUCAUUGCCAAGCAGGCUAAGUAAAGUUUCUCUGGGAGAAGAUUCUGCAGAAUAAGUCUUAGGUAUGUUACUAGCUGCCAAAAAUGGAUAAUUCCUUGCUGAAAUAUGAGAUAAGUAUCCAACAUGCUACCUUAUGAUGGCAUGGAAUGUAAAUAUACAAGUUCUAGAUAUGUUUGUAGCAAUAAUAAUCAGAAUUCAUUUGAAAACAAAUUGAGUGGCAGUGAGACUCUCGGAUAUGUACAAAUGA